AUGGCGGCGUCUCCUCCCAGCGGAAAGGGCUGGGGAAGCCGCGAAAAGUUCGCCGGCGUGGCGACGGCGGAGAAGAGUGGUGAUCCCGAAGGGGACACCAAGCUGACCCUCACAGCCUUGGUGGGGCAGCUGCAGCGAGAUGAUCUCGAAGGAGACAUCAGCCCGAAGAGCGUGCAGAGCUCAGACAGUGAGCCUGCACCCCUGGACGAGGAGAUUGCUGAGCCGCAACUCCAGCUCGUGGAUCCCUUAGAGGACCACGAAAACGUCUGGGUGAUGCUGGACGAGGGCUGCAACCAGACAUGCCACGGGACGAAAUGGAGGGCUCACUCCUCAAAGGUCCUGGCCAAGUUUGGGUUGCGGUUCACCAGCGUGCGCUCGAGCGGCACGAGCUUCAAGGGCAUUGGAGCGGCUCGAGCGACGGGCAAGUUCGCAAUGCCGUUCGCCCUCCGCAUCAUGCCGGAGAGCGGAGGCCUUCGCCGGAGCACUCGUCUGCAGGGAGAGCUCUCCAGCGUGGAGCUGGACUCUCCGGACGUGCUCUGCCUCCUGUCCUUGCAGGAUCAGGUUCAGCUUGGCCUGAUCAAGGACCUGAGGCACGGCGAGUGCCGAAUCUCGGGAUACGCCGGGACACUGCAGUUGGCGAGGCACUCGAAGACCGGCCUCCUCCUCCUGUGCGUGAGCCAGUUUGGGGCGAACGUUACAGAGAGGCACAGAAAGUUUGCAGUGAAUCCGGAGGGGACAAGCACGGCGUACAUGCUGUCCGAGAUGGUGAAGGAGACCGAAGGGCAGCGGAAGAACGUUUUGGUGGUCACGUUGGGCUUGGAGAAGCUAGAGACCUGCCAACGUGGGCGCGGCACCUACCGUGGACUCACGGAACUUAUCCGUGGUAUGCGAAAGGGGCAGUCGCACGAGUUCUCGCUGAACAACGAGGCCCACGAGGACACGCUUCUGGAAAGCCUGCGCCAGAACUUUGAGUCCUUCCGGGACUACGCCACGGAGCAGAUCCUUUUUCUGGACUGCCGGCACAUGAACGACCCGGGCAAGGACAAGUCCCUCAGGGACCACUUAGGCACGUACCCCAAGAACGUGCAAGCCAUGGUUUUGGAUCCAAAGACGAAUGGAAAAUGGGUGGCGUUCAUGAAGGAGGUCGUGCCGGCCGUGCACAAGCUCAUCCAGGAGAACGAGCAGUGCGUGAUCUUUAUGUUUUGCAAAUCGGGAAGACACAGGUCUGUCUCGAAUGCAAAGAUCAUGUACGAUCUCAUAAAGGAGACGUACGAAGUGGAAGCGAGUCUACUUCACCUUUGCGACGGCUACAACUGGCGAUAUCUAUGCGGUGGUUGCGCGGAGUGCAACUGGGAGUCCAAGGAGGCUCGAAGCACCGCAGAGAAGGUGAUGGACUUCGCAAGGGAGCGCUGGUACGAGUUCGUGCCCAAGGUGUGGGUGCGAAAGGAUGGCCAGCGCCGCCUGGGCGACGAUGGCGUCGUGGUGGAAGAGCCGAUCCCUUCGGGGACAGCUCAGGCAGCGGGCGCGGGAUCAAGCAGUGACCCGCCGCAGCCUGACUCGGCUGUCAAGCAAGAGGCCGCUCAGGACGAGCAGCUCGAAGACGAGGACCACGACGAGGGCGACACCACUGGGGCAGCCGAGGCCAGUGCCAGUUCGAAGGCACCGGCGCAGCCUUUCACGGUGGAGACCCCAGACGGUGUGUCGGUGCCAGUCCACGACCUGCGACCCGAGCUGGAAGGAUUAGAUGACAAGUCCCUUGAAAAGGUAAGUUUUCUUUUUCUUUCUAGGGUUUAUAGUGUCUUCAACCCAGCGAAGCUUACGGAAGUCACUACGCUGGUCGCCAAGUACGUGGACCACACCUCGCUCACCUGCGCCGUUGCCGUGAAGUACUUAGACUACGAGGCGGCGAAGGCACUUUUGUCGUCGCUGGUGGCUGACGUCCGAUCCGGAAAGCGGACGGAGAAAGAGUGGGACACUGACCUGGAGCUGGCUAACCGGAGCCUGGACCAGGCGAUCCUCCAGCUGGACGAGGACAAGGCCGCGGCACAACCUGGCGCAACCACAGCUGGAAGGACGACCGCUCAAGCGGACACAAGAGGCACGGUGAAGUUGCCUUCAAAACUUGGUUACAGCCAGGCGUGGGUCACGAAGGUCCCGACGGAGUUGCAGCGCUACCGCAAACACGUGGCGAUCCAAUGGACGUCCGAUGGGCCCUGGGAGUGGCGCGAGACCAACGUGGCCGCUCACUCAUGGGUUUACUUCGGCGACCGUUGGGACCAGCACCCGCGCCACAUGUUGGUGUUCUUGGUCCCGCCACGCGGUGGCAGUGCCUUCUACGUUGGAGGCAUGCUUCCGGAUCUCAUGGCUUCCGACCUGAAAGUGAUGAAGAAGGAGACCGGAAAGAUGUUUGAGGAUUCUUGCAAGAACCUCAACACGCACGACGACCUGCUGAUGCAGGCCUUGGGGCUCCCGUCGGUGGCGAUCACGGGCGAGCCGCCCACGAUCUACGCCCUGGCGAACUCGGAGUUCCAGCCCGGAUCCCUUGAGAGGACCGGCGCCAAGGUGAUCGUGCGACACCCUGGCUACCGUAUGAUCCUUCUGGACGACAUCGGUUGGCAGAAGCAAAUCUCUAAAGAGAUUGCUAAGAUCCGUCCCGACCUCCUGCUGUUGGUGUACAGUUUGGAAGACCAGGUAGGUCUCACCCCGCAGGUACAGACCUGGCUCCAGUCCCUCUCCGCGUACACAAAAGAAGCGAUAGGUGAAGUCAUGUCUAGUUGGGCGAACUGUGACCAUGACAUACACUAUUCACCUGUGAGCAUCGACACAGUAGGCACGCAAGUUGGUUUUGCCGAAACCUUGUUGCUUGUGUUGCAAGAGGGCUGUGUAGAGGACCACGUUGCUGAAGCGUUUCCUGUUGAGGCAAGGCAGGAUGAGGUCGAGGAAUCUGGUACUCUAGAUGCUAUAGUGGAUCCCAGAGACAAUAGGACCGCUUUCAUGGAUGAUCUGGAACUCGCCGAGGAAGCAGACAUCUUAGACACGUUGCCUUUAGCAGGGUUUCCGAAGGAAGAGUCCGAGAGGAGAAAGGCAUGGUCUAAGGUACCAAGGCGUGUUCGCUUGGGGAUCAGGAGGUUGCACACCAUGAUGAACCACAAGCCUAAGGAAGUGCUAGUUCAGGUACUUCGUGGGGCAGGUGCUUCUGAAGAGUUGGUGAAUGCAGCUAAGAUCUUCAAGUGUGAGUCUUGCAGGGUUAGCGAAGAGAAGGUUCGCACACACCCUGUGUCAGCUCCACCACCUUACGAGUUCAACCACACAGUUUCGGUGGACGUGCUGGAGACUGCAGACUCAACAGGCGCAAAGUUUAGCUGGCUGAACAUUAUAGAUGUCGGCACAAGCUAUCAAGUUGUGACCUUGGUCCGCGUUGGUGGCGGACAGCCGAGCUCGGCCAAGUGCUUGCAGAAGUUCAUGCAGCACUGGGUUUCCCCUUUUGGGUGGCCAAAGGUGGUUUCCCACGACCGUGGUUUACACAACCGGGGCGCUUUCGCUCACGGCUUGGGUAGCCAUGGAGUCCAGAUCCGCCAAGCCGGACUGGAAUCGCCUGAGCACAUAGGGAAGUGCGAAAGGCAUGGAGGCAUCAUAAAGCGAGCCUUUAAGCGUUUGGUCAAGGACCACAACGUUGUGGGCAAAGAUGAUGUCAAGGUGGCGAUGCUCGAGGCGCAGGUCGCAAAGAACGAGUUCAUGCGUGUUGGAGGCUUCAGCCCCACCCAGUGGGUGCUUGGACGCCUGCCCAGAGGAGUGGGCCACGUUUUGGACGAGGAAGAGCUAGGACAGCUUGGAGUCUUGUCGGGCAGGUUAGAUGCCACGACUGCGUUCGGCCGCCAGGCCGAAUUCCGCCAUACUGCCAGAAAGGCAUUCGUCCAUGAGGAUUGCAGUCGCAGGGUACGAAAGACCGUGUUGCGCAAGGCGGCUCCCCUGCCGGGGAAAUACCAAGCUGGCGAUCUAGUUUGCUAUAGGAUCGCGCGAGAUGAGCAUUCAGGCGUUAGUACGUGGUCGACUGUUAGUAAAAUAAUCGGCUUCGAUAACAAAACGGUCUGGGUGGUGCAUCAGGGCGUGCCUGUGGCGACCAGCUUGGCGCGACUCAGACCGUGCACAUCGGCUGAGGUUCUAGCGUUCCAAGUGUUGAACCGUGGCAACAUACAGUACGAGCACGCGGAGGUUGAACGCGAGCAGCAAAGGUACAUUGAUGCCACCGGGGAUGAUCUAUUGCUAGACGACCCAGAAGAGCCGGACGGAGGAAUUGGGAUAGGUACUCCGAUCCAAAUGGACGCCGAAGCAGAUCCUCCGGAGACUGCGGCCGCUGCUCCAGAACGAGCUGUUCGAAGGAGAGUUGGAGCAACACGUGAAGAGUCACGGGCCGUGACUGUGGAGGAGCCAGAGGACGAACAGGUGGACCCUCCAGGAGGGAUCCAAGAGCCGAUGGCUGAGGACACGGCGGUGGACGCCGAUGGUGAGGCCGAGGCCACGGAAGGCAGCUCAGCGCUCCUUUUGAGGGCUUACGCUAGCCACUUCUGGACGAAAGAGGAAAGAACCGUUUGGAACUCACUCCCCGGGGAGAAGGAGUACGAGGCCUUACGGGUUUUCUUCGCAGACCGCGUCGAGGACGACAAGAAAGUGACGCAGUGGCGCAAGCGCCGCAAGAACUUUACGUCCAAGAAGCAGAAGGAGAAGCACGGGAAGAUCCUAAUGUACCACAAGUGCCCUGAGGAUGUCCAGAAGGAGUUGGACAAGAGUAGAGCAAAGGAAUGGGCAAAGUGGCAGGACUUCAGUGCUGCGAUCAUUCUUGAUGACGCUCAGUAUGAUGAGUUGAUCCGUGAAGGACAUCAAGUCAUACCUACCCAAUGGGUAGAGCUGGACAAGAACCACAACAAGAGGUUACUUGAUCCUACUGUGGAGGCCAACUACAAGAGUAGAUUGGUUGUUCGGGGUGAUCUUGAGAAGGGUGUUGAGACCGGGAGCUUCAGGUACUGCGGGAAAGAGAUAAGCCAAGACGAGGAUUUCAAUAUCCAUGUGACCUGCAGCGAGACAACGAGGAACGUGAACAAGAUUCACGUCGACAAGAGGAGGCACCCGGGAGAUCCCUUAACGGACUCUGACAAGACGCAGAUGAAGAGCGUCGCUGGUUCCCUUGCUUGGGUUUGCAGACAAUGCCGACCCGACUUAAGCUAUAGGGUAUCCAAGAUCCAGUCGGCUUCUAGCAAUGGUACCGUCGCUGACAUCAGAGAUGCAAACAAAGCGGUCGAGUACGCUAUUAGCACAUACGACAGAGGACUUGUUUUCAAGUCUGGGCUGUUGGACUGGAAGACACCAGGGGCUCUUUUGAGUCUGGUGAUCACGGACGCUUCUCACGCGAAUGAGUCCGAAGAGAUGAUCAUAAACGAGAUGACAUCUGUGGAAGGACACCGGAGCCAAGGUGCAAGGAUGGUGUUUCUUACAGACGGCGCCCUGUGGAAAGGGAACAAAGGUAGCAUUCAUCCCAUCUUGUGGGCGAGCAACCUCGUUCGGAGGGUAUGUCGCUCCACCAUACAGGCAGAGGCCUACACACUUCAGGCAGGUGUGGAGGACGGUGACGUGCUGAGAGCAGCUGUCACUGACAUCUUCGGAUGCCUCGAUAUGAAAAGGUGGGAGGCUACGUCGGCCAAGUUUGUGAAACGGAUCUGGAUGACAGACUGCACGAGUCUGGAACUGACGCUUUCGAAUCCGAAAUGCAAUAAGCAUUCGGACAAGAGAUUGAGCAUCGAGAUCGCGUCUCUCAGACAGGAGCUAUGGCGCAAAGCUGGCGAGAAAGCAGGAGAUCCGUUUUACGACGACUACAAGCCAGUGGAUGAUCAGUUAACUGACAUCGUCAGAUGGAUAGACACUGACGUGAUGAUCGCUGAUCUGUUGACGAAGGUCAUGGAGCCGGAGUUUUGCGGUGCCAAAGCUUUGCACCUGGCUGCUGCGGCGAAUCAGCUGCGGGCCCUCGACUUUCUGGUGUCCCGAAAGAAGGACAGCAUCAACGAGAAGGAUGACCAAGGCCGCGUGCCUUUGAUCCACGCGGUGGUGGGGCGUGCUGCUGAGGCCAUCGUUUGGCUUGUUCGACGUGGAGCCGACCUGCAGGCUUGCGACGCUUUUGGCCGCAGCUCCCUGCACUGGGCCGCAGUGAUCGGGUCCUCCUCGUCUGUGGCCGUGCUGCGCACGCUGGGUGCGCCGCUGGCUGCUCGCGAUGGCUCUGGUGACACAGCCCUCGGACUGGCGGUAAGGGGCGCCCAACUGGAAGUGGUGGAGUACCUGGUGCUGACUGUCGGCAUUACUCCGGAUGAGCAGUCAGAGGCCCUUACCUGCCUGCAGCCGUCGCCCUGCCGAUUCUGGCUGAGGCGGUGCCUGGAGAGCAAGGUUGGUUGCCACGAGCCACUCGGCGGCGGCUUCCUGGACCCUCGUUUGGGCUGCGGCCUCCCUUUGGAGGCCCGGUUCUGGCGGGGCCCGGAGCAGAUCCACGUAGAGCCACGGCAGGCCUGCAUCCUUUGUGGUGUCCUGGCGCUGAUCGGAGCUUGGGUAUUGCUAAGGAGCGAUGGCGGCGCUGAGCUGGACAGCGCCGGCCGCCUUGCAGUGGUGGCCUCCCUCGUGUCGACUUGCAUAGGUUCUGUUUGUUUUGUGGCAGCGGCCCGGCGUUGCCCCGGCAGUGUGACCCCAUCUCCAGAGCGACGGGCCAGGUAUCGCGAGGCCUUGGACCACGCAGCAGCUGUGCGGGCUGCUGACCCGGACUCCUCCGAGUUUUGCUGGUGGGGCACCAGGGCACCGAUGCACCACGAGCUGGAGAUGCUGGGCCCAGAGAGGUCCAAGUACUGUACCACCACUCGGCAGUGCGUUCCCAUAUUCGACCACUACUGUGCCUUCCUUCGAAACUCGAUUGGACCAGGCAACUACGCGGCCUUUUUUGCCGCCAUGCUUUGCGCAGCUACGACCUGUUUAGCGCUUGCGUGGGCCUUCUGGAGGGUCGCUGCUUGGCAUCCUUGGCUUUGCAAAGGAGCUGCUUUUUUCUUUGCCCUCGUGGCGCUGCCGCUCCUGGGGAUGCUGGGCUUCCAAUGCGCUCUGGCUUCCUACGGCGUGACCACCUGGGAAAUGCUGCAGAUGGUCAAGGGGAGGCCGGUGCCAUACUUGCUGGACGCGAAGGGCGACUACUGCAACCCUUACCACCGGGGCUUCCUCCGCAACCUGUUCGUUCGGCUCUCCGGGGACGUCGCCGACACCCCGGACGGUGCAGAGCAGGUCUGA